CGUGGCGCGCGACCCGUCUCCUUCACUUCUCAGCGGGACGCGGGGCGGGAAGACUCACCAACCUACUUGCUGCACGUCGCUUCGGGCUCACAGAUUGUACUCGUGGAUGGAAGAUGAAGUAUCACGGGGAACUUGAGGUGGAGGUUGUGAGUGGGGAGAACUUGACAGACAGGGACAACUGUCUCCUCCAGAUCGUGAGGGGAGACUUGUCUGACAUGUGGGUAACCGUCAAGCUCGGUUCAGCCACGAUUCUUACCACUGGGGUGAGAAAGAAUGCAGUCAGCAUCGUGUGGGGAGAGCGCGUCAUCCUCCCUGUGUGUGAAGCUGGAGAUUACCUUAACAUAACGGUGUGGGCCAAGGAACGCCUGAAGUCCAAGCGGGUUGGAAAUGGCCGCAUGCAGCUGGGCAGCCCUCACCAGGCGUGGAAGAAAGAUGGUCCCGUGAACCUUAACGGAAGCAACGGUUGUGUCAAUAUGAAGAUCAUGUACACCCCGGCGGCCCAGGCACGAAGCGAAGACAUCGAGGUUCCCAGGGCAUACUUCCCGAUGCACAAUGGCGGAACAAUGACCUUCUACCAGGACGCGCACACUGGCAAGGUCCCGGGCAUCACUGAAAAGCGGGAGAAUGCCUUCGAGGCCAUGGCUGCUGCGAUUCGCAGCGCCAAGAAGUUAAUCUACAUCGCUGGCUGGAGUCUGUGGACCGGGACGCGGUUAGAGCGGGGCGGGGAGACACUCGGCGAACUACUGAAGGGGAAGGCCAGAGAGGGCGUGCGAGUGUUGCUGCUGAUCUGGAAUGAGAAAUUUUCGGCGGGCCUGUGUGCAGGUCUUGUUGGCACGUUCGACGAAGACACUGACCGUUACUUUGACAAGACAGGGGUGUAUGUAGAGAAGGUCAGGAGAAAGCGUGACACCAAGUGUGCCAUUAGAGAGAAAAUUGUAGAGACCAUUUGGUCUCACCAUCAGAAAAUCAUGGUGGCUGACGAUGGGAAGGGUGAUCUUGUGGCGUUCUUUGGGGGCCAGGAUAUGACAAAGGGCCGCUGGGACACUCCUGAACACCAACUCUUCACAACGCUGGCGACAGACCAUAAAGACGAUUUCCACAAUGGGUACAUUAGCGUAAAGCCGAGCCAAGGGCCGCGCGAACCCUGGCAUGACGUGCACGGGCGCCUCACGGGACGGGCGGCCAUAGACCUCCUGAGGAACUUCGAGGAAAGAUGGAGGAGGCAAGUCCCCGGAAAGGUGCAUUUGCUUGUCCAGACCUACGAAGAUGACCUCAUCAAGGCACAGGAAGGAAAGGACGUUCAGAACGGCACCGUCUGGCAGAUGCAGGUGGUGAGGUCGAUCGAUGGAGACUCGGCCGAGUUUAAUAGCGCUCGAGUGGGCGUCCUGAACAUGACAGAUGGACGCGUGGUGGACUCCAGCGUACACCGGGCGUUUGUGCGCCUCGUACGGAAGGCGGAGAGGUUUCUGUACAUCGAGAGCCAGUACUUCAUCGGGUCUGCGCAGGCGUGGAGUCAGGAUCAAGACAGCUGCGCCAGAAACCUUGUGCCUCUGGAGAUUGUGCAGCGCGUGGUGAGCAAAAUCCGGGCGUGCGAGGCGUUCCGCGUGUAUCUGGUGCUCCCGCUGCUACCCGAGGGACACUUGCGGAACCCCGUCACCAGAAGCAGUGCCAAGGCCAUCCUCCAUUUCCAGUACCUCACGAUACAGAUGAUGUACCGGCGGAUUGCUGAGGCCUUGUGUGAGACUGGCUCUGACCUGCACCCCACCGACUACCUCCUCGUGCUCUGCCUCGGCAAGAAGGAGUCGCGGGCGCGUGUUCGUCAGGCGCUGGGCGGUGAGGAGCCGAGGAGGUGCAGUGAGGAGCGGGCGUGGCGGGACCGGUCUCGCUUCCUCAUCUACGUGCACUCCAAGAUGGCCCUCGCCGACGACACGCACGUCAUCAUCGGCUCGGCCAACAUGAACGAGCGAUCCAUGGACGGCACCCGAGACACUGAGGUGGCCGUGUCUGCCCGCCAGGUCAGAGUGAGGAAAAACAGCCCGAAGGAGGAGGCGGUGAGCGACGGGGACGUGGCCAUGCUCCGCCGGUGCCUCUGGGCGGAACACACGUCCGGUCUGUCCGAGCAAGAGAAAGCCUUAUCGGAUCCGGCCUCCCUCUGCGCCAUCAGAAGGAUUAGAAGCCUCGCUGAUGAGUCUUUGAACUCCUACGUCUACGGCGACCCUGAUGUGGAGUCCAGGAGUCGCUUCAUGAGGUUCCCGCUGGAGGUGUCUCGGGAGGGUGAAGUGCGGGCCAUGGAGGGGACGCCGACCAUCCCUGACUUUGACAUUCCCGUGGAGGGCGCGAAGGGGAUCCUGCCGCCCAUCUCGUUGCUGUAGAUCAAGUCACGCACGCCGAGCCAAGAGUUGUGGCGCUCGUUUUCCGGCCUCGCUGCUGCUGCCACACGUCUUUUGUUUUCUUUGUUGUACUGUGCUGGAAACUAAACUACUCAAUCACCCAGAA